AGCUGUUUUGGCUCUAGGUUUGGACCUUUCUGGGCGUAAAUCGCCAAUUCGGCCCAACCUCGUACUACAGGGCGGAGCUUUACUCGCCAACUUACCACCGAUGGCUGCCGCGCAGGCGGAGCGUACGCUGUUCCUGGGGAAUCUGCCAAGGAGUCUCAACCGGGACGAGGUCAUGCGGUGGCUCACCAGCUCCGGGUACGGCGACUCGUACGACUUUCUGUACGUGCCCCGCUGCUUGAAGACGAACCGCAACAAGGGCUACAUGUUUAUCAAUUUCAUGCAGGAGGAGACUGCUCGCCAGUUCACGGCGCAGUUCGACAGCGUCGCCACGGGGCAUGGAUGCGCGCAGUUCACCGUGUCGCUUUCCGAGCAUCAGGGCAUCGAGGCGUGCCUCGCCACGUUGCGCAAGUCCUCCUCCCGGAGAAUCAAGAACCCCCAGGCCACGGCCUACGUCCGCCACAAGCCCCACCCAGAGAGUUCCACGGCCUUCAGCGACAACCGCACCGCGUACCACGCGCCUGGCGCGCAGCCCCUCGGAGUUUUGCGCCCCCUCGCGCCGGGCCUGGCGGACGCCGCGCUGCUGGGCCGCGCUGGGCAUUGCCGCUUCGAGGGCGCCAGCGUCAAGGGCGUAGCCCCGAGCGCGGGCGGCCCCGUGUGCACGGCCGCCGCGACCUCGUGGGCGGAGCCCGUCAAGCAGUUUUUCUCCUGGCGCGGCCCCGGGGAGCCCAGGGCCGGCGGGGCGGCGGCCGCGAUGAUGAGCAGCGUCCGCUUUGACGCGUCCGCCGCCUGACAGCGCGGAUCACCACAGAGGGCCUCACAGUGAGGAUCGUCAGCCGUUUUUGCCGCCACGGGCGUGGGCGUUCGAGGGCCUGCGCGGCUGAGCUUGAAAUCCCCCGGGCGAUGAUCCUUUUGACAGCGCGUGCAGGCGAUCCCGAGGAGAAGGAGAAGGAAGGACGGAAGCGACGCAUAGCGACGAGAGGG